GGCAUCAUCUACAGCCAAACUACUAGGUAUCAUCACAUAUGCUCUGAUCCUAAUGACUGUAAUUCCCCUUCUAAAUGUACUCUCCCAAUCUAUGAGACAGGCUACAAACCAAAGACUAUUACCAAACAAAUCCACUCUGCUGUAAAAACUCAAUGCCCGCGCCUGCUACAAUACAGAGAGAAAAAAAUAUCUACACAAGUUCCACUUGUGGUCACCUACAACCCAACUCUUGAGGAAAUAAGUAGAAUCAUUAAAGACCUACAACCAAUGUUAACAGAAGAUGAGACUCUGAAAAACAUUAUCUCUGAAACACCCAUUUUGGCCUUCAGACAAGCACCAAACAAAAACUAA